GAAAAUAUGCCAAGAACCGCCCCGUUAAACCGGGUCAUACCGCAAAGCAGGUCCGUUCCUGCUCAAGCACAGACUAUAUAACUGAUUUCGCCCGUUUGGCGUCAUUCUCAAUCUUCGGUCGACGUCUUCUUCACCACAGAGCAGUGAUUACUGAUGGCACGUGGGAAAAGAAAGGCCAGUGCAUCAUCUUCCAGACUUGUACCAGAAGAUGUUGGUGAUGCUCCAGCUGAUAAUGUGGAAACAAGCGACUCCACUCCAACAACAAUGGAUGCAGAAGAACCUGAAUCAGUUUCUGCUGACAUUGUUGAAGUGGAGGGUUCAACAGUGGGAACAAUAAGUCUGCCACAAACAACUGUCUCUUCUUGCAAGGAUGAAGAGAAUGCAGUUGAAAUGGCAGCUGUUUCCAUUAACAGAGAUGAAGUGGAGACAGUCAUAGAAGAAACGGUAAACGAACCUAAUGUCACUACAGAACCGGUAACAGAAGACAGAAAUGGACAGAAUGUUUCUGAAUUUGAAUUGAAUGGUGGUGCAAUUGCCCUUAACGAAGUAGUUAGUGGUGAGGACGCAACUAAAAUGGUAACAGACAAUGUAGAAGAUAUCUUACAGGAAGAAGAUAGAGCUGCAGAUUUUAAUGGAGGAUCUGCAAAUGAAGAGGACACUGAAGGCAUUCGCGAAGCUGCUAAUCACGAUGAUGAUCUAUCAAAGGAUGGACGCAUUGCAGGACAAAAGGAUGAAGAGAUUACUGAAGAAACGAUUAAAGAGAAAAUAGAAACAAGGCAGGUGCUUCUUAAGUCCAGAAAAAGAAAGAGAGGGAAGAAGGGGGCAAUAGGCUCCUUUAAAAAACUGGCUUUUGAUGGUAAAAAUAAGAAAGUUCACUCUAAUGCUGAUGGGGGUGAAGUUAAUGGCGACAGCACUCUAGAAGAUAUGAUGGAACAAGAUAAGGGUAAUGAAAAUACUGAAGAAAAGAAGGUUGAAGUAAGGGGAAAGAAGAUGCUUUCUAAGAAGUCGAAGAAAAGAAAAAAGGGGGGGAAAGGGAAUACACCUGCAAAAAGUGUGUUAGAAAACGCUUCAUCUGAAGCUAGAAGUGAACAAAUUUCAAAUGGUGUAACUAAGCAGCCUCGUAAGGCAGGGUUGAAACUUGAAGAUGGUCUGAAGAAAGGAGUCUCUGAAGGUAAAUCCGUGGGUGACUCCCAAGACGUGCCUGAGUCAUCCGGUAAGAAGAAGCCAUCAGGGAAGGUUGAGGGAAUGGGGUUGAUUUUUAUGUGCAACUCAGAAACAAAAAAGGAUUGCUAUAAGUAUAAUAUUCUAGGUUUGCCUUCUAACAAAAGAGAAGUAGUCGAAAAUAUUUACAAAGGAAUGAGGCUAUUUUUGUAUGAUGUUGAUUUGAAACUAAUGUAUGGUAUCUAUAAAGCUGCUGCACGUGGUGGGUUCAACAUUGAACCGAAGGCUUUCAAGUCUAAGUACCCAUCUCAGGUCAGGUUUCGUAUUCUUGAAGAUUGCAAUCCUUUGGCUGAAGAGAAGUUUAAGAAUGUUAUAAAAAAGAACUAUUACACAAAGAACAAGUUUCGCUGUGAAUUGACCACUGAUCAGGUCAAGGACUUGUGCAAGCUCUUUAGAGCUGGCCGUGGAAGUUCCAAUCCCCAAAAGCCAAAGAGACCCCUCAAGAAAGAGAGCAGUAAAGUUGUUGACCGAAACAAAACUAGAAAACACGGGGUUGACCGACCCACGCGCCCCAAAGCAGAGAGAAGGGAGGACCGUGUGGAAAAAGACCGGGUCAUCAGCCAAGACAGGGUUGACCGAAACAGGAGGCUGUCUCCUGUGAGGGAGAAUACAUACCGUGACUACCCUCGCCAUUAUGAAACAGACCACAUUCAUCCUUUCUCACGCAUUCCCGAAGCUCGUGGGUCCCAUCAACUCUUGCGACCACUUCCCUCCUCAUCUGCUCAUCCAUAUGUCUACGACAGGCCUUUGGAAACGGAUGCUUACAGAAGAGUGCCAUUAGCAGUGGGUGAUGAUCCUUAUAGACAUGAUGGGAUCACCCAUGACCGUCGGCAUUAUGAUGAUCCCUAUAGGCACGAUAGGAUCACCCAUGAUCGUCGGCAUUAUGAUGAUCUGGACCAUAAGUCUCCCUACAGGGAGGACGACCCUAGGGCAGUCUACAUACGUGGGCUCACAAACUAUAUUCCCCGUGGUCGUCCUUCAUACCUUGCUGGCCUUUCUGUUCACAGAGGUGAUUAUUCCCCACCAGACGAGUACUAUUCCUCGUCUCGAGCUAUUGAGAGCCGUUCUGCAGUGGUCCCACAUCCAGAGUACCGCCCCGCCACUUCUUCAAGGGCAGUGCCUGAAUACCGUUCGGGUGGGUUCCACCCUCAGUAUCGGUCAUCUGCGGGCAUGCACGGAUACCCCUAUUAGUUAUCAUCUUAUAUAUAGACUUGUAAUUUUUUAAGAGCUGUAACCAUAUUUCUGACUGAUCAUUUGUAUUCGAACAUACGGAGUAUAAGCUACACAACGAUUUCGUUUAUGGGCAGUGGACUUUGGGUGUGGGCAGAAUGUAAGGACCUUCUGUAUGUUCUUGAGGACAUAUUCAUUCCAACUUCAAUGUUUUGAAAUAGUUAUUGAAUAACAGUGUUUAUUUAAA